AUGGAAGACUUGAAGCUUGGCAUCCGAGGAGCUCAGAACUGUCUCCAGUGCACUGGGUGCACGUUAAAGACCUCCAGCUCCAAGAAGCAACCGGACACGUUCUUCAACACGUGCAUCACCGUUAUCGCCGUGCUGAUUGUCAUCACGCUCAUCUGCAUGGCCAUCAUCAUGAUGAAGUGUUUCUCGCCCACGGACGUCUGUCCUCGCCCGGAGCCGCCCUACAACCCGUACACCAACACGUCACUCUCUUGUGACUCCCAAGAGUGCCAGAACUACGUGAACAUCCUCCGUUCGAGCCAGGUCCCGUCGAUGGAGCCGUGCGAGGAUUUCUACGAGUUCGCCUGCGGCGGUUGGGCCAAGGCCGUCGUCGUGCCCCCCGACGAGGUCACGGCCAGCGUCCACACCCGGCUGCUGCGACGCGUCGAGGACGAGAUCGGAGAGAUCCUGAACAACACCGUGGUGACGUAUCGAUACCAGACGGCAACGCAGAAGGCAGCCGCGCUCUACCAAUCCUGCAUCAACGUCGACAUGCGCAACAGCAAGGGUACGCGUCCGCUGGAGAAGCUGCUGUCGUACGUGGGCCUCUCACGGUGGCCCAUCCUGAACCGGACGGCGAAGUACCCCACCUAUCAGAUCCUGGGACACGUGAUACGUGAGCUGGGACUGGACGCCAUCGUCUCCGUGCGCGUCGGCCUCGACUACUACGACAGCGACCGGUACCUGGUCUACAUCGGCCAGCCGUCGUUCGGCGUGGAGCCGUCGGUGCUGCAGGGCCGGUACCGGUCGCCGUUCUUCCGCAUCCUGCACCGGUACAAGCUGUACAUGUACCGCUGCGCUCUGCUCAUGGGCUCCAACGUGGCGGCCGCCGACGUGGUCAACGAGAUCGUCGCCUUCGAAGCCAAGCUCGCCGCUAUAGUGGAGCAAAAGGAUGUCGUCCACAACCCGAGAAAGGUCUACAACCUCAUGGCCCUGAGAACACUGGAGGGCGCCAUACCCGAGGUAAAGUUCAGACGGCUCAAGCCUCCCCCAACCAACCACUUAGCCCCGUAUUCAUUAACGAGCCUUUACUCGAACCUCUUCUUCGAUUCUGCCAAGUUGAACAUAGCGCCACACUAG